CUUAUACAUCUCUAUGCCGUUGUUGAGCAAUAUCUAAGGCGUGAUCCUUUUAAAAAGCUGAAGGUAUUUAGACAGUAGGGAAGCAUUUCUAAAAAUCUCGGUAAACCAUUGUAAUAAGUAUGCCAGUUUAUAUUAUCAUCAUAGGUUCUUGUGUCGAACGGUGCUAAAUGAACCAUGGUGCAUGCAUGGAGGUAUUCGGGGCGGAGAAGUCUCCGGCCUCUGCUAUGGAAGUCCUGGAGAAACCGCCAUGCACGGUCCUGUACCCACAAUUUUGUGUUCAGGCGCUUUGUGGCUUCGACGGAUCUAGCUGUGGAGUUAAGUAUGCGUCCUUCGCAGCCUUCGCACCGGCAGUGUUGGAUACGGAUGCCGGUAUGCAGGCCAUGUUUUCAGACCUGUUGUCGCAGCGCGGGCUUCGAAGCACGGCGCCGUUGCCCGGUCCGUUACCCAUGCCAGGCGCCCGUCCAGCGUGCCCCGCCUUCCUGCAACAACUAGCCGAGCGUCGGCGCCGUGUUAUCGGUGGGAUGUCGUGCCCUGGACUGCGCGACGAAUGUUACGCCUGCCUAUACGGCUGUUCCCAGGCGGGUGUGUUGGGGCCGCGGGACAUUGAGGCCGCCAUCAUGGACACGGGCGGCGAUGCAGGGCGCACGCUAGCCUGGUACCCCGGGUUGUUGAUGGCAUGGCGGUUUGAUAAGGCGGAUACAUUCUUCCGGGAUAAUCAGCUUCCAGCAUACUACGGCGAAAUCGACUCCAUCCGGCGCCAGCUCAUCAACCCCCGGAAGAUGAUGAUGAUCGGGCCAUACCUCAUCAGCUUCCCUGCACUGCGCGCGCUGAGCAAGCGCAUGCCCCAUGUCAACAUCUCGUCCCAGGAUCUCAACUACAAGGACAAACAGAACCAGCGCGCCACUCUCAAGUAG